AUGGACAGAGCGAUGCUGCUUGGGCUGCUGUCGCUGUGCACGCCCCUGGUGCAGGGCAUCGGCUUCAAGCAGGAGUUGAAGCUGGAGCUCAGGCCAGAUCUCCAGCCGGAGUACCAGCCGGAGCGCACGGGCCCCCAGGCCGCCAGCGCCCCCAGCCUUGACGCCGCUCACAAGGCGAGGACCAUGUCGGCCCAGGCCCUGCAGUACUUCCGCGGGAUCGACAAUUUGGGUGGCCACACGAGGCCCCUGCUCCUGAUGACCCUGAGGUCCAACGAGGUCGUCUCCAUCGGCGGGGACUUCAUGCCCUCGGAGGAGUUCGACAGCUCCGGCGAGGAGCGGAGGCAGACCCAGGGCGAAGCUCUGCCCUGGGGCAUCGGCUCCCCCCGGGCUGGCGACAGCGCCCCGGUCUUCCAGUACUCGGGCAUGCCGACGCUCGACUUUCCCAAGUCCGCCAUCGAGUACAGCUUGGAGGCCGGGGGCAACCUCCAGUCCUUCAGCAGCGCCCGGCAGGACGUCAAGCUCAUCACGCAGGUGCUGGAGAACGUCACCAACGGCUUCUUCCUGGACACCAACGGCGGGGACGGCGAGCGGCCGAGCAACACGCUGCUGCUCGAGCUCACCGGCUGGCGCGGCCUCAUCACGGAGCCCAUGAUCUACACUUAUGCGGACCUGUGGGGCAAGAUGCGAAAGGCGUGGAUUUUCCUCGGGUGCAUGUCUCCGCACGAGAACGCCACCAAGAUCGGCUUCGACAUUGACGGCAACAUCGACGAGAGGAGCGGCCACAGGAUCCACGCCUAUCCCAUCAACAGCUUCCUGGCCGAGAUGGGGGGUCUCACGACGGUUGACUUCUGGAAUCUGAAGACCGGUCACUACGAGGCGGAGGUCCUGAAUGAGACCCUGAUCAAGUCAGGGAGCAACAUCGAGUUCGGUGUCAUCCUCGUCUCUUUUGACGGCCGUGCUGCCGGCCUCGGUGACUCCCCGUGGGUGCAGUUCCGGUCCAAGGACGACACCGAGACUCUCAUUUGGACGAUCUUCGCGACCGCAGGCUUCAGCUACAUUGGCGGCCUGGACGCGUACAUGACCGAGGACGCGACGCCGCGCCUCGUGUACAACGACCACGUGUUCGUGAACCCCGCGUACUUCACAGCGCGCAACAUUCCCGUACCCGGAGCCGUCAAGGCGGCGCCGCCGCCGCGGAUGGCAGUUCCUGGCAACGCCAGAAGCUGGCAGGGCUUCUGGGACACGUGGGACGAGGGACUGACUCCCGACCAGGAGGUCGACGCGUUUGUCGAGUACAUCUCCAAAGCGAAGGCGGCUGCAGCUGCGACGGAGAUUGUGCCCUAUGCGCAUCGCGUUGACCCAUCCCAUGCACCUUGA